AUGGGAGAAUGCAAGGAGGCGAUAGUAAACGAUGAGGUAAAAGUAAACAAACAGGUUUUGAGCUGGCGGGGGAAAUACGCUCGGCGAGGUUGGCAGCACUGCGCAGGGCAGGCCGGGCCCGUCGAUGCCAGUGAAUACCCGCGAGCCGGCUGCUGCGGUCUAGAAUAUAUCUCGUGUAUCUUGUUUGUUGUUGUUGUUGUUGUCGUGUUGUAUCUGUGCUUCUUGUUGCUUAUCUCUAUUGUAUAUAUCGACAAUGGAGUGCUACAGUCGUCUCCGGCUUAUCUAGUGGCUCAGGUGUCUCUAUCAAGGUGUAUAGUUCUUAUUAUACAGUGUUGUAUUCCCGACCAUGUGUAUAUCAGUGACAUAAUAAACGAGUGUUCCAAUAGUUGGGUUGACAUGUGUACAAGUGUUCUGCUCAUCCUGUCGCAUUCCUAA